CUACUGACAGAACAGUUUGGAGAGGAUGUGGCUGUUUUUACGCACCGGCUCAACGCUACUGCUGCUGCUUCAGCGGAUCCAUCGGAUGGUUUAGCGCCUUGUAAUCGUUGGGUAUGUUCUAUUCCAAGGCUCAGGACUGAGUGGGACUGCUGCUGCUGACUUGUGUGUCGCUUGUUGUCACCUGGAGGGGGGGGGGGGGGCACACAUCAUCCUUGGUUGAGGUGCGGCGGCGGAACGGACGCAGAGCGACAUGAGCGCAGGGAAACUUGUGAGGCUGAGGAUGGACGUACCCGUCAUCAUGCUGCUCAUCCACUUGACCCACACUGAGAUCAGAGCUCUGGUGGCCAGCAGCAGGGUGGAGGGGGAGGACAGAUGCCCCCUUGGCCAGUUUCCAUGUGGGAACCUGAGUGAGUGUCUCCCUCAGGUGUUGCAGUGUAACGGUCACAAAGACUGUCCCAACGGAGCGGACGAGCGACGCUGUGGAGACAACAUCGGCUGGGCUGACUUGUUUGGUCCAACACUACAGAAUGCCAGUCCUGUGGACCAGUACUUCCUCAAUGAGUGUUUUCUGCAGGAGUACCCAGAGAGUUGUGACUGCAUACAGACAGAUGUGGAGUGUGUGGAGGUCAACCUGAAGGACGUCCCAGCCCUCUCUCCAAAUGUGACCUGGCUGUCGCUGAGGAGCAAUGACAUCAGAGUGUUGUCAGAUUUUGUUUUCUCUGAAUACUCGGCUCUACAGAGACUUUUUCUGCAAAACAACAGCCUCCAGUUCAUUUCCACACACGCCUUCAGCGGCCUGCAAAAUUUAAAGCGUCUGUUUCUCAGCGAGAACUUGAUAUCCUCUCUCAGUCCUGGUGUGUUCAAGGACCUCCGCCGGUUAGAGUGGCUGAUCUUGGAUCAUAACCCGCUAACAAGUUUGUCCCAGGACACGUUCAUCGGACUCCAGUCUCUUGUGUAUCUAUCCAUGGUGGACGCUUCACUGCAGCAGCUUCCUCACCCCAGCUUCUGCGAGCACAUGCCUGCCCUGGACUGGCUGGAUCUUGAGGGAAAUCACAUUGAAACUCUCAACUUUUCCAUCCUGAAGAGCUGCAGCAAGCUGGAGGUUCUAUUACUGAUGGAAAACAGGAUAAGAAGAGUUCCUGAAAACACCUUCCAGUCCCUGUGGAAACUGGCUGAGCUGAAUCUGUCCAGCAACAGGAUAAAGGAGCUGCCAAAGAACACCUUUAAAAGUCUUUCCAAGUCCCUCCUUAAACUAAAUAUCUCCCACAAUCCUCUUCUUCGCAUUCAUCCAAGUCAUUUCAGCCAUUUGGCACAACUUCAGUCUUUGGCACUGGAAGGGAUAGAGAUCCCAGAUAUACAGACUAAGAUGUUUCUGCCCAUGAAGAACCUGUCCCACAUAUACUUCCAGAAGUUCCAGUACUGCUCGUAUGCCCCUCAUGUCAGGUCCUGCAAGCCCAAUACAGAUGGCAUAUCCUCCUUUGAGGACCUGCUGGCCAACGUAGUGCUGCGGGUGUGCGUGUGGGUCAUGGCCUUCAUCACGUGCUUUGGUAACCUCUUGGUCAUCGGCAUGAGGUCACUGAUACGAGCGGAGAACAAUCUGCAUGCUGCGUGCAUCAAAGUCCUGUGCUGUGCAGACUGCCUCAUGGGCGUGUACCUGUUCUUUGUCGGAGUGUUCGAUGUGAAGUUUCGCGGGCAGUACAAUCGUAACGCUCUGCUCUGGAUGGAGAGCGUAGAGUGUCGCACCAUUGGAUUUCUGGCCAUGCUCUCCUCAGAGGUGUCUGUUCUGCUCCUGACUUAUCUGACACUGGAAAAGUUCCUGGUUAUCGUCUUCCCCUUCAGCAACCUGCGCCCCGGCAAACUUCAGACUGGGGUGGUCCUGGCUUCUAUCUGGUUACUGGGCUUCAUUAUCGCUGCCGUGCCCUUAAUGAAUGAGGACGUGUUCGGAAACUAUUAUGGACGUAAUGGAGUCUGCUUCCCCCUGCACUCUGACAGGCAAGAAAAACCUACUGCCAAAGGAUAUUCCACAGGGAUUUUUCUGGGUCUGAACGUGGUGGCGUUCCUGGUGAUCGUCUUCUCCUACUCCAGCAUGUUCUACUCCAUCUAUAAAACUGGCAUCAACGCCACGGACCUGAGGAGCCGGCUGCACAGGGACGUGGCCGUGGCCAACAGAUUCUUCUUCAUAGUGUUCUCCGACGCCCUCUGCUGGAUCCCCAUAUUUUUGGUGAAAAUCCUGUCACUGUUGAAGGUGGAGAUACCCGGUACCAUCUCCAGCUGGGUGGUCAUCUUCAUCCUCCCCAUCAACAGCGCGCUGAACCCCAUCCUCUACACCCUGACCACCAGCUUCUUCAGAGAACAGGUGGAGCUCCUACUCUGUCGCUGGCAGAGGACGCACCUCUUGAAAAAAGACCGCAAAAGCCUCACAUCCUCCACAAUCUUCACGGAGCGGGCAACGUGCUACCAGAAGCCGGCCUUCCUCCAGCGGGUGUCACUCAGUGGUGCGGACCCUCGCUAUGCCUGAGAGUGGGGGGGGGGUAGCUCACCCAGUGUUAUGUAAACUAUGAGUCAGGGGACUUUAAAUGUUAGAUCUUGAGGCUCCUGCAUGCAAGUGGAACCAGUUUAACAAGCGCUGAGCUGCGUCUUUAUGCUCUGACGUGUUUCCACAUUUCUAGAGAUGAUCACAAUUUGACACUUUUAUCCAAAGCAAUCCCGCCUUAUUUUCCCGUCAUAUACACACACAGAGACUUCAGGGUCCAGUGUCUUGCUCUAGGGCACAGGAGAACCGGAUGGAAAGAGCCAGAGAUCAAACCAACAACCUGUCGAUGAUUGGUUGCCCCCUUUGAGCUACAGCCACUCCCAUGCUUUCAUGCUCAUGUCGCCAUUCAGCUGAAAUGGUUCCAGGUAACGGAACUGUAAAGGAAUAACAGAGAGGAGGAUAUGGAUGGAAGAAUAAAUACCAGCUACCUGUAUAUUGCAGCUCUCAGUGCCACCAAGAGGAUGUUCACAGACUAAAUGUCAAGCAAGAGAAGUGCUUGUGAUACUUUUCCGGAACAAUCCCCCAUACGUUCAAGAUUCAAGUUCGUGUAGUGACUCUAGAGCAGGAGAGGGAGCUGUGACACGAAGCAGCUGAGACUCUGUUACCUCACAGACGAGAGAGACUGAGGGACGAGGCUCACGGAGUCACGGAUACUCGGCUGGAAACCAGUUCAAGGAUUCACGGCUUCGGUAUCGACAAAAUCAAAGAAUAAGUCUUGGAUUGCAAAUUAAAAAAACAAACUGCUUUUGUUCAUGAAGUUCUAAUGUUGGCAAUACAAAACCAGCAGUUUCAGUGCAAGUAUGCAAAAACUAAGAUUAUUAUGUUAUGUGAAAUGCAAAAAUACAGCUUGUUUGUAAAAUAUCAACUGUUAAAAUGCAAAGUCAACUUUGCAUGUCAUUUUAGCAUCUUUCCUGACACUAUUUAUGUUUAAAUUCAUGACACGUUUAAAGUUAUACAUUCAUCAAAUAUUCAUUCACACACACCAAGCCUUCUGCUUCCUCCUUUCUAUUCCCUGUGGUUGCUCAUGUUUUCUUCUCAGUCUGGUCAUGUGUUUACUGAUCUGAUUUGCUUUUUGGUUUAGUUUUACUUUAAAUAUACAUUUUCCUUCAGCCUCCUUGACACAGAAAUGUAGAAAUGAAACUCCAACGGAAGGAAUACAUUUGCAUUUUAGCAGGGUUGUGGUGUUCUCCUGCCACACUAUUAUAUAAAAAAUAAUAAUAUCAAAUUCAUGAAGAACAGAUUAGAAAAGCUUUAUUGCACAUACAAUAUUUUUCUAUAUUUUUAACAAUAGUAAUGUUUCAACAGAUUUGCAUUGAAGUUAAAUGUGAUGAUUUGAUUUACGUGAAUAAAUUACCAUGUAAACUUGGCUUUUUCAUUUGCAAGACAAUUCCAGUCUUAUUGAAACCAGUCAGUGGGAGAAGAAAUGAGAGGAAGACACUUUGGUUAAAGUGAAGCAUCAUUUAUUUGCAGCAGUAGCAGCCAUCUUCCCUUUUUACCAUAUUGCUAAUGUUCUCAUAUAAUGUGCAUAAUCUGAAUUUCCAUUCCAAUUGGCAUUUUGUUUACUAUUUAAUCCAUCUACAUGAUGUGCUCUGACCAUUUAUGAAUCUGCAGCAUUUUGAUACUAAUAAGUCGAGCUGUUUUUUAUUUGUUUGUUUGUCUGGUUGAUCCCGUUUAAUUCUCUCAUCCUUGCAUGAGGAAUAUGUUCAGUUCAGUUUUGAUGCUACUUUGUCCCGUUUCAUGUAUCUAUUUAUACUUUUUUAUACUUAAAUACUGUAUAUAAACAGUAUUACUUUGUUUUAGAAACAGUAACUUUAAUGCGAUGACAAUAAUCAACAACUGGAUAAUGUUCAAUGAGCAGCAAGACAAGGACAAUUACAUUUUUAUAUGAAGUCUAUGAGUUGUACAGUUGAAUCAUUGUGGAGAUUUAUUGCCAGGUACACCAAGCAGUGGAACCCCUCUGACAAAUAUUUGUUUAUUUGUCAGAUUGUAUAAUAUUUGGUACAGGAGACUGUCUCUGUCAGUGUAUGUUCUGUAUAUCAUUGUGUUUGUUGGAGUCCGAUUUGUGAAUUAUGUGUUUAUUGUUUUCCCCGCAGAGACGACUCUUUGUCUGAAACAAUAAAAAUUAAGUUGACUUUAGAAAUACAUAAAUCAUGUCAGGAGUAGGAAUGAGUGAAUCCGUUUUGAGUCCUACCCAAGUGUACAGUCUCUGGUCCUUCACAUUUCAUCAAAACAAGUUUGUGAAGUGUCAGAAUGUCCCAGCUUUCAUCAGAAACCGCUCAAUCCAAUCCACAAAAAUAAAGACUUUUAAA